AUGGCACCAAUAACAGAUUUCUCCAUCGACGCUUUACUUUCCAAUGAGACUGGCGCACAAGCAGCAGCGCAACCCGCAGCGGAAAAGCCAGGAUAUACAUUCCCCCAAAUGAUCACAAUGGCAAUAGAGAGAAGUCAACAACAGAAGCUAAAGCUAUGUGAUAUAACAAGGUGGAUAAUGGAGAACUUUCCGUAUUAUCAGAAGGACCAACCAUCAUGGCAGAACCAAGUACGGCACACUCUCACCACAAGUAACUAUUUUAGUCGUAUUAAGCGUGAGGCAGGCGAGCCAGGGCGAGGCGAUUACUGGGCAAUGAGUUCAUCAAUUAUUCAGCACCAACAGAAUGCACCACAUAGUGGUCCUGGACUCAACGGCCUUCCAACGGAAGCCAUAGCUCAUGGCAUAGCAAUGAGCCAUCCUGAUGCGUUCUUGGCAGUCUAUUUUCCAACUGCGAUGGAUAUUCAACGAGCACAACAAUUAUUAUCAGCAGCAGUGCAUGGCGACAGCACAGUGUCCAAAUAUGGCAAACUACCUGCAAUAACAAAUAUUGUUUAA